UCUGUAAAUAAGUAAAUAUCGGCAUUAGACAGUUUUUGGUCUACUGUCAGUGUGACUUCUUGUUAGCUGUAGGUUGACAUGAAAGUUCAGAAGAAUAUUGGUGAUUUAUCCAUUUGAAGUGGUAAAUGUAGUUAUUUAAAACAACCACACGGGGACAUUGUAGACCAUCACAUUUUAAUGUCCAUCUUGGUUGCUUCAUGCUCCUCCCAGAUUCAGAGGAUGCUGAUGUUUCUCGGGGCUUUGUUACAAAGAGACGCAGUGGAAGAACGGAUUGCGUUGCCAUCAUUCUGUCUUUUCCACCCUAAAAGACAGGAAACUGGAUUCUGGCACUUUGCUUUCAUCCAGAAUUUUUGAGACCAGAAUCCAUAUGCUCUGUUCACGUUGGAUACAAAUAUGUCGACGCGGAGUUUACGGAGCACUUUUGGGAUUUUUAUGGUCGUUGUUAUUUUGGAUUGUUGCUGGGAAGCGGUAUUUGGACAGCUCUCUUACUCUGUAUCAGAGGAGGUAAACCAGGGGACAUCUGUGGGAAACCUCGCUAAAGAUCUAAACCUUAAUGUUCACGACCUGGAAGCACGUAUGUUUCAGAUUGUAAGCGGAUCAAAUAGAAAAUAUUUCGACGUAAAUCGGAAAACUGGUGUUCUAUAUGUCAAUGAAAGAAUCGACCGCGAGGAGUUGUGUGCGAAGGCUAUAAAAUGUACCGUCAAUGUAGAGGCCGUGAUCAACAAUCCACUAAAGCUUUACCGUUUGGAGGUAAAUAUAGUCGAUAUAAACGAUAAUGCGCCAUAUUUCCCUGAGCAUUUGCAGACUCUUAACAUUGCUGAAAGUACUGUGCAAGGAGGGAGAUUUGGAUUUAUAGGAGCAUCGGAUCUCGAUGUUGGUAAGAAUAGUGUUAGUACAUACAAGAUAAGUCCAAAUGAAUAUUUUUCUUUAGAGAUUCUCAAAGGGGGAGAGGCUGUGUCCGCCGAGCUUGUGCUUCAGAAAGCUUUAGACCGAGAAAAGCAACGCACUGUAAGACUUAUAGUGACAGCAGUUGACGGAGGAAUUCCACCUAAAUCAGGAACGUCUCAGAUCAUUAUUAAUGUUUUAGACAUUAACGACAACGCUCCGGUUUUCAGCAGUUCUUUAUACAAGGCACGGAUUUCUGAGAAUUUAGCAGUAGAUAAAACAGUUAUAACGCUGAAUGCAACAGAUGCAGAUGAAGGAUUAAAUGCUGAGAUAGAAUAUUCAUUGAGAAGUAGAGGUCAGGAUCAUGUUAUAGAGGUAUUUGACAUUAAUCCUAAAACAGGAGCGAUUUUAGUCAGAGGUCGAAUAAACUAUGAAGAACACCCUGCGUUUGAGAUUCAUGCCCAGGCCAGUGACAAAGGCCAGCCUCCGAUGUCGGCUCAUUGUAAGGUGCUGGUUGAAGUGGUGGACCUGAAUGACAACGCUCCUGAGAUCACUGUGACGUCACUAUUAAACACAGUGAAGGAGGACACAGAAGUUGGUACUGCUAUAGCACUUGUCUCUGUACUGGACAAAGAUGGUGGGAAAAACGGAAUAGUAAAAGCUGUCGUUCUGAAUGAGAGUCCCUUCAAACUGGACACAAAUUAUAAAAACUAUUAUUCGUUAGUAGUUGAUGGUCCGCUCGACCGAGAAACUGUAGCCGAGUACAAUGUUGUUAUUGUCGCAACUGAUGAAGGGACUCCACCUCUCUCCAGCACCAACAUAGUGACAGUUCACGUGUCUGAUGUCAAUGAUAACCCGCCUCGCUUCACAGAGCCGCUGAUUAAUGUCUAUGUGAAAGAGAACAGUCCAGUAGGAGAAGUUAUUAAAACGGUGACUGCAGUUGACGUCGAUAUCAGUCAAAACGGUCAGGUUAGAUUUCAUUUUACAAUGUAGAACAGUUACU